UCUCGUUCUUUAUUUCUUUGCCUUUAUCUUUCUCUUUUGUUCUCCUCAACUUUCUCCAGACUUUGGCUAAAAUAAAUCUUAGCUUGAAAAAAGGAAGAGAGCAGAGACAGAUAUAGUUUCUUUAUAUAUAGUUAUAAUUUCCAAGAAAUCGUGGAGGAAUGGCCAAGAUUGCUAAUGGAUUUGGAGGACAUGAUAUGUUAGCACCCUUCACUGCUGGGUGGCAGAGUGAUAUGGGUCCUUUAAUUAUAGAAAAGUCGGAGGGUUCCUAUGUUUAUGACAUAAAUGGGAAGAAGUACCUUGAUACUUUAUCUGGUUUGUGGUGUAAUCCCUUAGGGGGAAAUGAGCCUCGUCUUGUUGAAGCUGCAAAUAAACAACUCAACACAUUGCCAUUUUACCAUUCUUUUUGGAAUCGUACAACAAAGCCUUCUUUGGAUCUUGCAAAGGAGCUCAUAGAUUUGUUUACUGCAAAUAAAAUGGCUAAAGUUUUUUUCACAAAUAGUGGAUCAGAAGCCAAUGACACUCAGGUGAAGCUAGUUUGGUAUUACAACAAUGCACUUGGGAGGCCAAAGAAGAAGAAAUUUAUUGCUCAAGCAAAAGCAUACCACGGGACCACUUUCAUUUCCGCCAGCCUCUCUGGUAUUCCUGCACUACAUCACAAGUUCGAUUUGCCAGCUUCAUUUGUUUUGCAUACUGACUGCCCUCAUUAUUGGCGUUAUCAUUUGCCAGGUGAGACGGAAGAGGAGUUCUCGACAAGGUUGGCAAAUAAUUUGGAAAAUCUUAUACUUAAAGAGGGGCCUGAAACAGUAGCUGCUUUCAUUGCUGAACCAGUCAUGGGGGGAGGAGGUGUCAUUCCACCUCCAGCAACCUAUUUUGAGAAGAUCCAAGCUGUAGUCAAGAAGUAUGACAUUCUUUUCAUUGCGGAUGAGGUCAUAUGUGGAUUUGGAAGGCUCGGGACAAUGUUCGGCUGUGAAAAGUACAACAUUAAACCUGAUCUCGUCUCUGUAGCAAAGGCACUUUCAUCUGGAUAUAUGCCAAUUGGUGCUGUCCUUGUAAGUCCUGAAGUUUCUGAUGUUAUACAUUCUGAAAGCAAUAAAAUGGGCGUUUUUUGCCAUGGAUUUACUUAUUCUGGGCACCCAGUCGCGUGUGCGGUUGCCUUGGAAGCACUGAAGAUCUACAAGGAAAGAAAUAUUGUUGAGCUAGUGAACAAAAUAUCACCAAAGUUCCAAGAAGGUCUGAAAGCAUUUUCUGACAGUCCCAUAAUUGGGGAGAUAAGGGGAACUGGUUUGGUACUUUCUACUGAGUUUGUAGAUAACAAAUCUCCUAAUGAUCCCUUUCCUCCUGAAUGGGGUGUUGGUCCAUAUUUUGGAGCACAGUGUGAGAAGUACGGGAUGUUGGUAAGUUGUGCUGGCGAUUACAUAAAUAUGGCUCCUCCAUUUACUUUGAAUCUGGAAGAACUUGAUGAGUUGAUAAGCAUAUAUGGGAAAGCACUGAAGGAUACCGAAAAGAGAGUGGAAGAACUGAAGUCCCAAAAAAAGGAAAUGCUGGUGGCAAAAGCUUGAAAACAGCAGAAGAAGAAAAGAGGAACAAAAAAAUUUCAAGUCUAAUUAAUCAGACUCUGUUAGCUACUCUUAGAUGUCUAAUUUAGAUCAAAAUAUUAACUAGACCAGAAUCCGAAACAAGCUGGGAUCCGUUAUAUGAAUCCUCUAUAUUUAUUCGGAGGAUUUAUCAUAGUUAGACUUGUUUUACUCUAUCAACUUGUUAGAAACUCUGUGCUUUAAACUGCUUAAGCUUUGCUAAAUUAAGUCAGAAAGUUUUCCAUUUUCAA